GGCACCUACAGAUUCUUACCAAGCGCGGCUCGGAUCGUUUUUGCCGUUCCUGCAUCAUCCACUCAAAUUGAACGCGACUUCGGAAUCAGCGGUCAAAUGGUUACUGUGCAGCGAGCAUCACUGUCCUCAGAUAACAUUGACAUGUGCUCCUUCCUGAAUCGGAACAGGGAAUUCAUUGAUGUAACGCAGUGCUCAAAGCUGACAGCGGAGGAAGCCCGAGAAUCCGUUCCCGCAAACGUCACGGUGAACCUUGACCCUCAAACGGCGAUGGAAAUGUUCGAGAGCGACUGGGAGCAGGCCUUGGUCAACUCUUUCUCUGCGCAUAUUUCGACUGAGCUCUAA